GUUGCCAAACAUUUGCAAGUUGUUGUUUUCUCAUUGGAUGGAGGCGCCAAGGUUUUGUCACGUCGCAUCCGCAGCGAGUGAGCAGACGUGGCAACGUCUGACGUCAUCAAUGUGCAUCUGCGCUUCGUGGGAAAGCGAGCUGACCCUGCUAGCAGUUAGAUUCUGCUCUCUUUACGUGGACUUUGAAGGCCAAGGAGAUGAUGGAAGAGAGUGGGAUUGAGACUACACCUCCAAGCAGCCCUACACCACCAAUGAGUGCAGCUACUGCAGUCAGCCCUGUACCGAUGAGCAAAGGUCCAUCAAGCCACGCUAUCGCUGAAGGCAACGGCUCAGUGUCUAUUUGUUCCCCCUCAGUCAGUGCUCCUCCCCAUCCUGCUUUUAGCAGUCCCAUGACUCCACAUUCCAUCUUUCCUCCUCCGUCUUCACUUGGCGCCCCUUUCAGCACCAAUACCUCCGUCUCCGGGUCUCCCCUUGCCUCUUCUACUGGACCACCUCCCUUUUCUUCUGGUGCACCUCCUGUUGGGCCUCCUAUUUCCAAUUUUUCAAUGAGUGCAGGGUAUGACAUAACACGGGGUCAUGCUGGUCGAACUCCACAGACACCGCUGAUGCCAACUUUUUCGAGCCCACCCUCUGUUCCAGGUGUAGUGUCUAACCCAAUGGUUCAGCAGCCUGCCAUGGCUGGGGGUUUCGAUGCCAGAUCCCCGAUCACGUUCCCUGAGGAGCAGGAAGAUCCCAGAGUACUUGCGGACAACAAUGCUGGUGGAGGAUUAUGGGGCUUUUUCAAGGGAGUUGCUGGGAACCCUGUUGUUAAAACAGUCCUGGAUAAGACCAAACAUUCUGUAGAGUCUAUGAUUACCACUCUAGAUCCUGGCAUGGCUCCAUAUAUCAAGUCCGGAGGGGACAUUGACAUUGUGGUGACAUCAGAUAAAGAGAUGAACGUCGACGCAGUCCGAGAUGCUUUUCAGGAGGUGUUUGGGAUGGCCAUGGUGACAGGGGAAAUUGGUCCAUCCAACAUUGCCCCGCAGCCUGUGGGCUAUGCUGCUGGGCUCAAGGGGGCUCAGGAGCGCAUUGAUAGUUUGAGAAGAGCGGGUGUGAUUCACGAGAAGCAGCCAGUGGUCUCAAUGGAAAAAUUUAUCGCUGAGCUUUUUCCAGACAAGUGGUUUGACAUAGGCUGUUUGAUCUUGGAGGACCCUGGUCUUAAUACCCGAGUGGAGGUCUUCACCCAGGCAACCCCACUGGCUCUCGAACAUGUCCAGCAGGCUCAGUCCCUGACCCCUCCGGACUACAGCCUUCGAUGGUCCGGUCUUAUGGUUACGGUCGGUGAAGUCCUGGAGCGCAGCCUGCCAAACAUCAAUAGAACAGAAUGGCUUCAGGCUAUGACGGGGAUGACACAACGGCAGAUGAUCUAUAAUGCCGCCAAGGCAUUGGCUGGAAUCUACAAACGGAGGCUGCCGCCCAGGAUUGCGUGAGGCUCUGCUGCAUUUUGUGCCCGUGAGCAUUUGGAGACAUUUUGAAGGAGUAGCAAAAACUGAGAUCACUCGCAGCUCCAUGUUUUUCCUCACUGAGCAAAGCCAGAUGGUAAUGUUAAUUGACAUUCCAACUCAGCAACGGGAUUUUAUUUUUGCAUAUCACUUUCAAAAUAAAGCCAUUUUAGAAGUAAUCAUCUGCUCAUCCUUUGUGAGAUUAUAUAUUGUGAUUUAUGUAAAUGAUGGGAUGUUUUGUGCUUCUGAGUUGUUUUCUUGAUUGUUUUUUGUUGUCCCAACUGUUAUUCUCAUAACUAGUCUUUUUCAAGAGUUGGCCAAUCCCAACAAAAUUCAUAACACAUAGAGCACUGAAGCCAUUAAGCCAAGAGUUACAAGAACUCUAUUGCCUUUUUUCCACACACAAUAUGAUGGGUAAUCAUCUCUGCCAUAUGUAAGAAUUAAUUAAAUACAACCAAGAGGGUGCCUGUGGGUCCAAUUCACUUCACACAGUUUAGGUUUCCACUCACAUCUGGGUGAGAGAUUUUAAAGGAGACAUUUUUUUUUUUAAUUGCUUGUUUACAAAUAAUUGGGUUUCUGGAGUUCCUGCCCACCUGUCAAAAAAAUAAAAUGCUUUUAAGUUGUGGAAAAAAAAUGCAUGUGUCUGUUUAUAUUAUUAUAUAUUAUUAUUAUUAUUUUUUUUUUUUCAUGUGUUCCUCUUGAGUAAUACAGGGCUUGUGACUUUUACUCUGGCGUGCUGAUGCCAAAACUUGUGUUUACAUUGCUUACAUGCGUCUCUAAACAAAUGUAAAUAGAAUUGAAUUGAAUGUUGUUAUAAGAAAAGGUGAUGUAACACAGUGGUAAACAUGUCCCUGUCCCAGCUUUUUUGGAACGUGUUGCAGCCAUAAAAUUCUAAGUUAAUGAUUAUUGGCUAAAAAAAAUACAGUUUAUCAGUUUGAACAUUAAAUAUCUUGUCUUUGUAUUCAAUUAAAUAUAGGUCGAACAUGA